CAUGCACUCAUAUAAUGAAGACAUCAGCCACAAGAGCAACAAUCUCUCACAUUGACACAGCCACUAACCUACACCAAGACGAUAUGGUGAGGAAAAGCAGCCCCAGCACUUCUGAAGUGCACCAGUGCAGUGUAAAGUGCCUGGGACCCCUGGCCUUCCAUGCUCAGACUAAAGGUGAGAGCAUUCACCUGUCUGACCAUGGGAGAAGUGCACAGCGGAACUCAGACACCUUUAAGAAUGGCCUGGUCUUCAGCUGCCGCUCCAUCAGGUUGCAGGAGAGGGUGCAACUCAGGAUAGAUAAACACAAGACCAACUGGACAGGAGCUCUCAGAGUGGGCUUCACUACUGUGCCUCCCUCGACCCGCACUGGAGACCUGCCCUGCAUGGCCAUCCCCUGUCUCACAAAGCUCCCAGGACACUGGGCUGCAACAGUGAAUGAGUCCCUGGUCAGGGCAGGGACACUGCUGGAGUUUUGGGUGUCAUACAGCGGCGGUUUAAAUGUGUCUAUCAAUAACAGUAUUCAGCUUCAACUACUGACAGGUGUUUCCACCAUCCGACCACUAUGGGCCAUGAUCGAUGUAUACGGUCAAACAUGUGGUAUUACAUUAUUAGGAUCAGUGAAGAAAGAAUUGUUUCACACAAGAAGGUCUUGUCUUCCUCCUCAAUAUGAAAUACCCUCUGCCCCAAGUUUUGAAUCAUGUGGAGACAUCACAUCAUUGAUCCCACAGGCUUCAGCAGAUAAAGAUAACUGCGAGGAGUGUGUUGUGUGUUUGGGAAAAGAGGCCAGGAUAAUAGUGAAACCCUGUGGACACAAGUGCUUGUGUUCAAACUGUGCAAUACGAAUUCUGGAGGAGUUUGGCACGUGUCCACUGUGCCGACAAUUGAUAUGUGGUGGGGCCGUAGCUGCUCUGUAAACUCAGCUAAGAAAGAAAAUAUGAAUAAUGUAAAUGUGUGAUGUAAAUAGAUGUAUAUAUGAUGUUGUAACUGAUAUUUAUUUAAACAUAAAACACUUAUUUUAAAGAUUUGUGAUAUUUUAUAUUAUUUUUGAGUUGAUGUUUUUAUGUUUUGAUAUGAAAUAAAACAUGAUAAGCCUAUUUGCUAAACAAAAAAACAAAAAAUACAUAUGUGUCUGUAUGUUUGUGUGUUGGGGUGUGUGUGUGUGUGUGUGUGUGUAUAUAUACAUGCGCGCGCUCACCCCCCCCCCCCCCCACACACACACACACACAUAUUUAUAUGGAUUACGCAUGUACAGUUUGCAAACUCGUAAUAUUCCAUUGAUUUGAAUGACAACCAUUUUAAAUACAGAUUAUGAUCAAUGAAUGACGACAGUCAGAGGAUAGAAUCACAUAAGUCACACAAGGUCUCUCUUCCACACGAUCACAUCCGGCCACUCCUCUUUUCCUAUGCAAAAUUUGUUAUAACAUUUUAUAAACCAUGCCACCUCAGAAUACUGUGUUUGUUUGUUUGUUUUAUUACUUUCAUCCAAAAUGUACUACCAUUUUGAAAUUUUCUCUAUUUCUUAUGAUCUUGUCCCUCUAAUUGAGUAAUUGUUUUAACUCUUAACAUACCUGCUGUGGUACUUUGAGAUUUCUUUCCAAUGUAAAGGGAAAUAUAAAUAAAAUGUAUUACUUCUGG